CAAAGGCGAUUCAACGUCGCAAAUAGAGAACGCGGCUUCGCACAAGGCAAACAUGGCCGAACAAAGCGACCCAGCCAGUUGCUGAGUCCCUGUCCUGUCAACCAAAACCCCAGCGAGGGGUGAAACAAUAUCAAAACAACCAGGACCAAAGCGAAUAAACAAUAUUCACGGAAAAUAAGAACUGUCGUACAUCAGUAAUGAGAGAUAUUAAUAAAAAAUCAAGGAACAAUCACUCUUGUGAAACAAUGUGGAGUUGACUUCUGUGUACGCAUGUAUGUGUGUAUGUUUUUUUCACCAUCUAGGAAUGAUAAAAGCCCAAUAAAUCACGAAAUAAUUGUGUCGAUUAUUGAGAGAGGAUGGAACGAUUGAUUCUGGAUAAUUAUGAAUUUCUAUCUGUUUGCGGAUAAUUAUGAGGAGUCAUUGUUAUGGGAGAGGUACUGUCGAGAUGGUCUCGAGGAGAAACAGUGACAUCGAGUGAUAAUAACCGAGGAAGUGAUGAUAAUUUGUUGAUAAGUUUGAGGAUUCAUCUGCAAUGCCCCAAAAAGAGCAUUUUCUUGGGGAUAAUCCAAGGGAAUCUGAGCAUCCGCCUUAUUUGUUGUGAGGUUAAACGAUUGAUGUGCGAUAGUUGGUCAUGAUGGACAUUGAGGUGGAGACUGGCAAGGACAGGGCUGGGGAUAUCAAUCCCGGCUGCUCCAGCUACUCGGGUAUGGUGCACAGUAAGAAGGUCAUCAAGCAUGCAUUGAGACAGCAGGCGAAGAGACGGAGGAAAAAUACGACAAUUGCGAGUGGCAAUUCCAGGGCACUGCCGCAAAUUGUUGUUAAACCACUGGCACCACCACCUGCACCUCCACCAGUUAUCACACCACCGGUGCCAGUUGAUGAUCCACCAGCUUCCAUACAGCAUAAUAAUACUGUUGAAGAGCCAGCAGCAACGAUGCGCGAAGUGCUGGCGAGUCUCCCAGGCUUCAGCCUAAAGUCCUCCCGCCGAAGAUCCACGAAGAAGUUGUCAGCAGCAGCUCAACUGGAGGCAGGUCUGGUGGACCUGGAGUCCCCGGCAAGUAUCCUGGCAAGUACGAGCCUGCGCGCCCUCCUGAACAGGCACACCUUCCAGGGUCUCCCGCCGCUGUACCAGCGCAAACUGGCGCAGCUGUUGCCCUCAGUGGACCGUCAGGACGCCGCGACCUCCGGCCUGAACAACGAAUUCUUCGCCCGAGCCUGCCUCGAGUGGAGGAAACGCCUGGCAGAGGGUGAAUUCACCCCCGAGAACCAGCAACGACUGAAAAUGGAGGCUGAGAGGGACAAGAACAAACUGGACCCCUGGAAACUGAAGCACUUCGAGCCCAUCUGGGGCGACAAGAGAGAGCCAAAAGUCCGUCUAGGCAUCCACUGCAUCAACGAAACGAGAGCCGCACCUCAUGGAGGCGCCGUCACAAGAUCAAGCCUGAGAUUGAGACUGGAGAGCACCCAUGAGCCCAUCACAACCCCCAUCACCCCACCCCCAAAACUAAUAUACACGAGACAGAGUAACCCUGACAAGACUGAAACCGAAAGGGAGAAUGAGACUGAAGUUGAUGUUGAAGUUGAUGCUGACAUCGCUCCAACAAUCGAGGAUGCCAAGGAGCCUGAGGCAGUGCCCAUCGUCUUCGAGGGAGCGUCACCAGAGCCCGAGGCACCCCCAGUGAUACCUGAGAGCUUAACACCUCCAACGAUCGAGGAGCAAGAGCCAGAAGUCGAAGCUGAACCAGAGCCUCAACCUGAGCCUGAGCCUGAACCUCCCCAGGAGAUAGACCUGGAGCAGGAGCAGAGUUACCCUGAGGCAGGUGAGGGCAGUCCAGCGAUGCAAGAGCCAAUGGAGAUAGAGCUUCAGGAGGAGUUGCACGAGGAAAUGUCCGAGGAAGUCCAGCUGGAGCUGAACCUCCCGAAGGUUCUGGAAGGGGAAGCCCCCCAGGAGGUCCCAGAGGCCAUUCCCAGCGCAGUGCCCGAGCCCUCGAGGGUGGAGUUCCCUCCAGAAGAGCCCGAGAUCUUCGUCUCGACGAUAAUCCCAUCGCCCACAGUAGCAAAGCCAGAUAUUCCUGAGGAAUCAGUGAUUGAAAUCCCCGCAGACUGCGAUCCCCCGAUCCUCAACGACUGUCACACUCUGGCGAUGAACCUCGAUGUCACUGAGAUAGCCCUGGACCCCCAGGAGCCCUUCGAGGAGUUUUCCUCCCCGAAGCAAGACAAGAUGUUUGAAAUUCCCGAGUGCGAGAGUGCAGCUGCUGUCGAGAGCAUCUGCGAGCCAGUGAAGACACCCGAGGGCCUCAUAAUCGAGGAGCACGUGAUAAAUGUCCAGAUUGAGGACAAUGGGAUGCCCCAAGUGCUGCCCCAGAGCGUUCCAGACACCGAGCCAAUACCCGAGGGAAUGGAGAUCGACUCCGAGACACUUCAGAGGAUCCACGAGCUGGAGGUGCGAGGGGAGAUGAGGGAGGCCUACGAGGAGAUCUCAGGGUGCACCGAGGAGAUAAUCUAUCCCAUUCUCGAGGGCAUGGACAUGGGAUCGAGUGGGUCUGACGAGGCUGAGGGCCAGAAUGGAGUUGUCGAGGGCGAGGAGAUCAGGGAGGCUGAGAUGACAGAGUCCAAUGAGGACGAGGAGCUCAGGGAUGCCAAUAACUACGUCUGCUCGGAGAUGCUGGACUGCAGUUGGAGUGUUGAUCCACCUGUGGGGAAUAAUUCGGGGAUUGAGCCAUCUGCACAGGACAUUCAGGUGCCUUGGCCACUGGUGGCUGCUGCACUCGAUGGCUCGGUCGCUGCUAACAUCACUGUCACCACUCAGGAGGACUGCAGUGACACAUCCACCACCACUGACUCCACCACCAGUGUCAAUCCUCCUCAGGUUGUCCAGCAGGUGCAGCAGGUCCAGCAGUUUAGCAACGAGAGCCUCAGCAGCUCAUCAAGCAAUGAGGGGGUGAAUUGUGUGGCACUUUCUGUCGCACAGGCCACUCCAUUCACUGAGACCAUGACCCUCAAUGCUCCUGUCACAUCGUGUCUUCUGAAGAAUGUUCAGCAGAGCUCGCCCAUCAUCGCUUUUCCACCUCUACAGUCCAUCAGGUUUGUCCCAAGGUUUCAGCAGAGUGUCAACUCCAGGAUUCAGGGGGCGCAGAACAGCAUUGGGAGGAUUGGCACUGGCAUCAGGCCCGGUGGCCCUCAGGUGCCUGUUGUUCAGGGACAUCCGCAGAGUGCAAUAGUUGUGCAGCAGCAUCAGACUGCCAUCUCGGUGCCUGCUGUCACACAGGGGAGGCAGAUCGUUGCUAAUAUGCAGCCACAGUAUACUAGUCCUAGUGUUAAUCCGAGGUCGAGGUCUGGGGGGCAGGUUGGGUACAGGGGCUCCAGGAAUGGGGGGAAAGAGCAGGGCAGCAGGAGCAGGAGCUCCACCAAGGAACCGCCUGGCGCGGUCAAUCUCGAGAGGAGCUAUCAGAUCUGUCAAGCGGUAAUUCAAAGUUCCCCAAAUCGAGAUCAGUUGAAGGCCCACCUGAAGCCCCCUCCGAGUCUGCUGGCGCGUGGUGACGGUGCAUUCACGACGAAUAAAUCCGGAGGGAGAACGAUAACAACGGUCAAGGCCCAGAAGCAGCCCAUCAGCCACAGCAAGAACCCCAACAAGACCCAGACGGUGAUGCUGCGCCAGGUCUUCACGACAACUCGUCAGCAGCCCGUGGAGAUGACCGAGGGCACCCCCACGACGACAGUCGCUCAGUUGGGGGCAGUUGCUGGCAAUGGAUCCACCAAUUUUGGACAGUACAUCCUCGUCCAGAGGACUGGAGUGAGUGACGGAGCCCCAAGGGCAUCUUCAGCACCUCCUUUACCACCUCAAAUUGCAGGACUUGGGGUGGGGGUUCAUCUAGUGCGAGGGAGGCCUGCUAGUGCUGGUGAGGGCUCGCAUCAGGCUGUCACGCUCAAGGCCAGGGGGGGAGCUGAUGGACGAGGGGGCGGCGGGGCUGAGCCUGCUGCACCUGGGGUCAUCAUGGGCGGCGAUCCUCCUCCACCCUGCGAAUGCCACAUGAGGGGCGCCAUGGUCAUCUGUCGACAGUGCGGGGCCUUCUGCCAUGAUGACUGCAUGGGACCUCAGAGAAUCUGCGCCACUUGCCUCAUUCGCUGAUGAUUUGGUUCUUCAUUAGGGGUAUUUCUGUGCUCAAGGGGAGGGGGAGUUUUCGGGAAGACAAUCUUGACAUUUUUUAGCUAAAGGGAUCGGCAAUGGGGGUUCGAGGGCUAAUGGGGCUUGAUGAUUGGCUUUUUAAUUUUUGGAUUGUCUUUAUUAAUGAGAAAUGGCGAAAGAGGCAGGAGGAAAAGGAAAUGAAUUUAUGAAAUUUUCUGGCGAUUUUACUUAUGAUUGAGAUAAUUCAGAAAUUAAUAACGCAGGGUAAUUUGCAUCUGAAGGUUUUUUAAUUGCUCAUUUCGGAAAAGUCCUGACAUUUUUUAUCAAAAUUGAUCAUUAAUGGGGGAUUCGAGGGCUGAUGGGGCUUGAUGAUUAGUUUUUUAAUUUUUUGAUUGUCUUUAUUGGUGAGAAAUGGAAAAUGAGAAAAAGAAAAACGGAAUUUAUGCAAUUUUUUGCUGAUUUUACCUAUGAUUAAGAUAAUUCAGAGAUUAAUAAUUCAGAUUAAUUAGUAUCUGAAUUUUUUUAAUUGCUCGUUUCGUAAUUAUUUUCGGAAUAGAGCCAUUUUAGGGAAAAUGUUAGAAGAAUUUUUUUGUAGAAGCGAAAAUUUUCUGAAAAGAAUUUUUUUAAUGCAAAAAGUUCCUCAUUAUCGAGAUAAUAAAAAAAUGAUAAAUUCACUGAUCAAUUCUUGAUAACGAAUCGUUCUUAGAAGGUCAAGAGACAUUCUUUAAUUCAAAUUUUUGCAUUCCUCCACCACUUGAGCACAAAAAUAAAUUCACUACGAGAAUAAAAUUUCCAGCAAAAUGUAAACAAAAAGCAUCCACAGGAAUUAGAGUUCAAAUUCAAAUGAAAAACGUAAUUACCUAAACUUUAAUUAAUUAUAGUUUUUAUUUAUAAAAUGCAAGAGCGAUUUUUCUCUACGUGAAAUAUUGUCAUUUUCUCAUCAUCACGAAUGAAUGCAUUUUUCAUUAAUAUAUCUGUAAUUUUAAUUUAAUUGUACAUUAAAUUAUCAAUGUGUAAUAUUAAACGUAUAGAAAAAUUGUUCAUCAACAACAUCACGAGAAAAGCCAAUUUCUCACUUCGUUUUACGUGUAGAUAUUUUUUUUUAUACUAUUGUAUAAAUAUUUUUCUAAUUACGCUACCUGUGUUUGUCGAACUCGCGCCAUAUAUUUUACUAUUUAAAAUAGAAGGAAGAGAAAACAACUGGAGAAAUUUAUUUCAUUAACUUUAUCCUAUUGUACACGCUUACUGCGCGAUGAAGCUCAACUAUAUAGGCAGAAAAUAAAUUUAGAUGAGAGCAUUAAUGAUAGUGAUUGAUUAUUUCAGUAGUUAUGAGGAGAAAUGCAGCGGAACAGAGCAGAACAGCUCGAUUUUUCGAUCUCUUUGAUGAAUAAUUAAACAUCACGAUAAAAUAUUGAAGAAAAUUUACCACUGGACAUUGAAUUAAAUUUUUUAAAAAAUUGCACUUCACCUCAUCACUUCAGAUAUCAAUUGACAGCCACAAUAUCGCCUCGUUACAAUGCAAUAAUUGAACAGUUGUAAAUAAUUAUCGAUACUGUUCCCCAAAAAUUUCAGGUAUUAUUAAACAAAAUGAUACUGCAGAGAUUAACGAUAAUCGGUUGAAUUUCACCCACAAAUGGAGCAAUACCCACGAUGAUAUCCAUAGGGUAUAAACAAUUGUAAACUGUUUAUUAUUAUAAACAAUUAGAUUCGAGCAGAUUAAACAAUUGAAUAAACAUUCAAAGUAAAA